ACUGGUGUGUGUUCAGCCUUUCCCAGAGUUCAUCGACCUCCAGCAGACCGCGAUCAGGCCGGGUUCCCACAGAGACGCUUCAGAACCGGCCGCGGCGCCGCAAAGCAACAGAAAACCUUCGUCAGUCCUGAAACCUGAGCACAAGGCAUAGAGGACCAAGAACGCCACCCUGAGGUACCCCAGAAACCAACAUCUGCAGAGGAAGACCACAGCUGCUGAGUCCCUGCAGUCCUUCAGGUGUCUCUGCGUGGACAUCGGUUAGCAUGGCGGUGUGUCUCCAGGUUCUGGGCCUGGUUCUGGGCGUUGUGUCUUGGUGCCUGCAGUCCAGCUCUACGUCCUCUCACACUUGGAAGAUGCGCAGCCAGGCAGAGACGGUCACCACCAGUUCGUGGCAGUUCGAAGGCCUGUGGAUGAGCUGCGCCGCCACAGCGCUCGGGUCCGUUCAGUGCAGCAAGUUCAAGACGGUCCUGGGCCUCGACUCUCACCUGCAGGCCUGCAGAGCUCUGAUGAUCUUGUCCCUGAUCCUCGGUCUCGCUUCCAUCAUCGUCUCUAUUCUCGGACUCAAAUGCACGAAGAUCGGCCAGAUGGCGGAGCAGGUCAAGGAGCAGGUCGCCCUGAGCGGAGGCAUCCUGUUCAUCCUCUCUGGCGUCUUCACCCUGACGGCCGUCUCCUGGUACGCCGCCAGAAUCAUCAACGAGUUCUAUGACCCGUUCCACGCCGGACUGAAGUUUGAGAUGGGUACUGGUCUGUACCUGGGGUGGGCGUCCUCUGGUCUGGCCAUACUGGGAGGAUCUCUGCUAUGCUGCAGCUGCAGGCGGAGCGCCUACACACCGCCUCCGAGGCAUUUCUCCUACCACUCCAGUGGCGGUCAGAGCAUCUACAAAGCGGCUCCGUCUUCAGAGACCAGCAGCUCCAAAGCGUACGUCUAAUCCUGGCAGCCGCCCGCGACCUGAUGAGCCGCCGCCUGAACCCAAUCUGAACCCAAUCUGAACCAAUGUGAACCCAAUCUGAACCAAUGUGAACCCAAUCUGAACCCAAUCUGAACCCAAUCUGAACCAAUCUGAACCCAAUCUGAACCCAAUCUGAACCCAAUCUGAACCGAAUCUGAACCAAUCUGAACCAAUGUGAACCCAAUCUGAACCCAAUCUGAACCCAAUCUGAACCCAAUAUAAACCAAUGUGAACCCAAUCUGAACCCAAUCUAAACCAAUGUGAACCCAAUCUGAACCCAAUCUGAACCAAUCUGAACCCAAUCUGAACCCAAUCUGAACCCAAUCUGAACCAAUCUGAACCAAUGUGAACCCAAUCUGAACCCAAUCUGAACCCAAUCUGAACCCAAUAUAAACCAAUGUGAACCCAAUCUGAACCCAAUCUAAACCAAUGUGAACCCAAUCUGAACCCAAUCUGAACCAAUCUGAACCCAAUCUGAACCCAAUCUGAACCCAAUCUGAACCGAAUCUGAACCCAAUCUGAACCAAUCUGAACCCAAUCUGAACCCAAUCUAAACCAAUGUGAACCCAAUCUGAACCCAAUCUAAACCAAUGUGAACCCAAUCUAAACCCAAUCUGAACCAAUCUGAACCCAAUCUGAACCCAAUCUGAACCCAAUCUGAACCCAAUCUAAACCAAUGUGAACCCAAUCUGAACCCAAUCUAAACCAAUGUGAACCCAAUCUAAACCCAAUCUGAACCAAUCUGAACCCAAUCUGAACCCAAUCUGAACCAAUCUGAACCCAAUCUAAACCAAUGUGAACCCAAUCUGAACCCAACCUGAACCCAAUCUGAACCAAUCUGAACCCAAUCUGAACCCAAUCUAAACCAAUGUGAACCCAAUCUGAACCGAAUCUGAACCCAAUCUGAACCAAUCUGAACCCAAUCUGAACCAAUGUGAACCCAAUCUGAACCCAAUCUGAACCCAAUCUGAACCCAAUCUGAACCCCAACAUGAUGUUGAACAGUUUGUCCACCAGGUGUCGCCAAAGAGACACAAUAACACAGUUACUUUGGCAGAUUAAAACAUUAAAGCAGCUCGUUUAUUUAUUCUAAAAACCAAAUUUAGCAAUUUGUGUUUUAUAAUUUCACUCUUUAAAUUGUCUCGUUUCUCUCUUUAAGCUUGAAGGUGUGUAGUUCACUCUUUUCGCCACCAGAUGGCAGCAGAUAAUUACAUCUGAUUCUGAAUCUUUAACUCUGGUCUGAUUAUGGAUUUAUGUCUGUCUCUGUUUGCCCUGAACGUUUUUAUUGGUUUGUUUUAUAUGAAUGAUAAAUAAAAUCAAAUGAAAAA